AUGGACAAGCUCCAGCCCCUCCUCCGCCCCGCGUGCUACGACGACGGCAAGCGCCCCUCCUUCGCCGCCGCCUACGCCCGCGCCGCCCGCCGCUACGGCUUCGAGCCCGGCCGCAACGCCGGCUUCGCAAAGCGCAACAACGUCGUCGUCAAGGUCAAGUCCCACGCCGACAAGGACACCGCGCACGAGGUCCCCGCAGAGUCCAUCCAGAACGGUGCUCUCGAGUACGUCGUCCCCGUCAAGAUCGGUACCCCGGGCGUCACCCUCAACCUCGACUUCGACACCGGCUCGUCCGACCUCUGGGUCUGGAGCUCCGAGUUCGCCAAGGCCUCUCGCUACAGCGGCCACACCAUCUACAACCCCGCCAAGUCGAGCACCGCGAAGAAGGCGUCCGGCACGUGGAACAUCUCGUACGGCGACGGCUCCUCCGCCUCGGGCAACGUCUACACCGACACCGUCACCGUCGGCGACGUCAAGAUCCCCGGCCAGUCCGUCGAGCUCGCCGAGAAGCUCAGCUCGAGCUUCCUCCAGGACGGCGGCAAUGACGGCCUCCUCGGCCUCGCCUGGCCUUCGAUCAACACCGUCAGCCCGAAGCCCGUCGCGACGCCCGUGGAGAACAUGAUCAGCAAGAGCAUCAUCGACCCGCCGGUGUUCACCGUCAAGCUCGGCCGCGGCACGGAACCCGGAUUCUACUCGUUCGGCUACAUCGACACCUCCGUCACCUCGAACCCGAUCACUUACACUGACGUCGACAACUCGCAGGGCUUCUGGCAGGUCCCGUCGACGUCGUGGUCUCUCGGCGGCGAGACGAAGACCCGCGAGGGCAACACGACGAUCCUCGACACCGGCACCACCCUCCUGCUCGUGUCGGACGACGUGGUGGACGAGCUCUACGGCGCGAUCCCCGGCGCCAAGUACGACAACGAGCAGGGCGGGUACACGUUCCCGACGGACGCCGCGGUGCCCGACGUCGAGUUCGCGGUCGGCGACACGCUGUACAAGGUGAACAUGAAGGACAUCGCGUUCGGCGACGCCGGCGACGGCCGCUCCUUUGGCGGCAUCCAGAGCCGUGGGGACCUCGACUUUGACAUCUUCGGGGACAUCUUCCUCAAGAGCGUCUACGUCGUCUUCAACCAGGGCGAGAAGAAGGUCGGCCUCGCCCAGCGCGACGACUAG